AUGGCCAGUGUACACAGCCCCGCGGCGUCAAUAGACGCUGUGAGCACGGAAUUAGCGUCAGAACCGCGCGAGCAGACGCCAGAUGUUCAAUUAAAGGACCUCAGGUUGGCAGAUGAGCAGCCGGGCUUGGCAGACGAGAACCUCAGCAGCAGCGAACACCAACAGGAACAGGAACAGGAACAGGCUGUUGCGGCUCCGGUGAACUGCGUGGAUGAGAUUUCGCGGUCGAUCGACGACUUUGCAAACGGACUUGACACGGAGUCGGAGCCGGGAAGACUGCCCGAGUACAGAGAAGAGUUCAUGGGCGAGUUCGAAGACGACGCGGACGCCACGAAGGAAACAGACUUUGACUCGCGCGACGCCAACGACACCUCUUUUGACAACACCUCCGACAGCGUGUCGGUAGCGCAAGACAAGGCCGAGACAGCGUCGUACUCGUCGCAGGACGACCGGUUCUCGUGGCAGCAGCACGACGACCAGCUUUCUGACAGCAACUCGGAGCGGUCUGUUUCGUCUUCUGGAUCGCUUUCAACACGCCAGACCGAGGAGAGAUCUGAAACGUACUCGGAUUCGGAGGCUGACCAGUUUAGACAGGAGUUUGUUCGCCAAAACACCCAGGACACUGUCAGACCGCUGCGUACAGACACUCUGGGGUCGUCAGUGUACGAAACCCCCGUUAGCGAGCGGUACCAGGGCCGGAGCCCGGUAGUGCAGGCUCCUCCGCAAAGACAGCGUGUGCGAUCCAUGUUACUUGAAGAGUCCGAGGUAAAAAAAGACGAUGUGGUGAUUGACGAUGAGGAGCCGGCAAAAACGCUGCCCAAGAUCAAAGAAUCGUCUGCGUUCCCGAACAUCGACCUCAAGAAGAUCGUGCAACUUCCAACGACACAACAGCGGCUCGAGCGUCUUCACAAGGCCAAAGAGGAGCUGGACGAGUACGACACAGGACUGUCGAGCUACCUAAGCGAGUCUACGAAAGCUACGUCGUUCACGUUCAACGAGGCCCAGCUGGGCCCCAAUGUGCUUAAUGCGUACAAAAACUCGGACCAGUACCACUCCACCACGCCGUCCACCACAGAGCUGGCCAACGACCUGCUCAGAACGUCGUCUGUGAUCAAGCAGAAGGGCCGCAACCUGCUGCGCAAGAUCCACCUCAAGUGA